AGUCCCUGGAAGCUCUGGUUGGUUGGCAUUUUUGUUCAUACCCACAUGCAUUCUAAUUAUUAGGACAUGAAUUUCAUUAUCCUUAGCGUUCUAUUCCUGAAGACCAUCAAACUACAUUGUAUGUGAUUAUAUUAAAAAAUGACAAAGCUAAAACUAGGAGAAAAAUGGAAGUUUACAGGAGUAGAGCUGUGAUCACAUAAUGGACAAAUAUUAGUCUACAGAGAAGCAGAACCCCAAAAAGAAUCCCUAAGAGAAAAACACGAGUUCCACACAGAAUUGCAUUUUCUCAAAAACCAAGAACCUGAUGGACUCAGGGAGAUAUCCUUCCAGAAGAAAAGGUAAAGCGUAAAUUUGUGGUUUCUUCAGAGAUCCAGGAAGGUAAUAAUAAUGUUUUGCUGGGCUGACCAUGAAGAAUGCUUUGCUUCAGCAGACACAUAAAACAGUAUUUGGCUAAAGCAAACACAGGUAAAAGGUUGUUUUUCUAUACUAAACCCAUGAAAGGACACGUGAUGUUUAGAAGGAACAUUAAUAUGACCCUAGACACAAUGGGAUCUCUGAAUUUGGUCCACCUUACAUUGCAUUGCUGAUUUCCUCCUGUGGAUCCUUCUGAGAAGACUCACCAAAGAACCUGGAGGAUUCUUGCUCUGUCAUUAGACUUGGACCCCAUUUGUGAUACCCCCAGAUUCUUCUGAAUAGAACUAACCCUGUUGAUUCAUGUGUGGCACCUGUGAGUAGAUGGGACUGAAGCUGCUAACACAGGUUUGUUGUUUAUUAGGGAACUGGACUGAGUACAAGGAAGAUUGGAAUGUCCCAAAAGCACUAUUUCCAAUCAGCUCCCUGUCCCCCAUAUCCUAAUAAAAUUCCUCUUUCACUGGUGGGUGGAGGGUCAGAGGGGAGGGUGAAAUCCUAUAAAAGUAGGUUGAGCAAAAUAUAUGCCUACACCAAGAAAGACUGAUGCUCAAAAAGAAGGAACAAAAUAUGGACAGAGGUCUAUUUGUGCCUGAUACAGCAACAGGAUUAGGAAGAAGGGAAAGGGAAAAGACACAGCAGGUAACUCUGGCAUGAAGGCUGGGGAGGGGCACUGGCACCCUCUCCCCUGGCAGGAGCCCUUUGUGAUAUGGAGACCACAGCUGUGUGAUGUGGCCUGAGCCCCCUUGAAAAGUCACAUGCUAUACAGCACAGGUCAGUGGGCUGUGAGCUGCACUGCGAUUAAGAAGAUGGAAAGAUUUUUCAAUCUGAUGAAUAGCAUUAUUUACUCAUGGGUGAGCCCCAGCACGAUAGACACAGCAAUGGACAUGAUCAUUGCCAUUAUUUGUGGAGCUGGGCUCUAUUUCCUACUGACCCCCUUCCUGACGGACCUCCCUGUGUCGCCAUGUGAAAGUGAAAAGGACAUCACAGAGGAUGUGAAGAUGAGGCAGAGACAAACCAGGAAGAAAAUCGCUACUCUAAAAGGUUGCAGAGAUGCUGCAAAGAAUGUGGAAGAAACCAAGACUCCAUCACAACCUAUGAAAAUGGAGCAACUUCUCCAGGACUCCACACCACAUCCCUGGUUGAACCGUCUUCAGAAAAUGGAACACCUUCUGAUAUUUCAGCCAUUGUCUCAUCUCAAUUGCUUGGAGUAUCUUAUACAGAAGGAAUUUAGUCACAUUUUCUGGGGCAUAUCCACUCUUUUCUCUGAGUCAGUUUUGGCUGCUCCCAACAUCCUCAGAAACCCUUCCUUAGCACAACACAAAACCCUCAGGUUUCAUGAUGCCUGUCGCCCUGCUGCCCAAGAUCCUUCCAGGGAGCAAAGACCUCCAGAGUGUUCCCAAGAACAGCCAUUGCCUGCACAACUUGUGACACCAAGCUCAUUAGCUGUGACAAAGGCCCAACUAAUACAAAUCUUCCCAAGCUCUACACCAAUCAAAACACCUCCUUGUUUCAAGAGGCAGGCCUUUGGAAAACCACGUCCUACCAGUGACAAAGGUAUACCUGUAUCACUAUUAAUGGAAAACCAUGCUUGUCAACAUGGACAGUAUUGGAAACACACCAAAGGUGAUCCAAGAACAUCAGGCAGUCUUUACGAAACCCACUCAAAACUUGACCCUAAACAAUGAGUCUGUCAGGUCAGGCUCCAUCCCUUGGGAGCAUUGGCAGAUGGCCCAUAGGAAUGAGGGGCCACAGAAUGAAGUUAAGGAUACUAAUAUGGGACAAGAACAAGGAACCCCCAUCACAUUCCUCUCAUCCUGAAAGUUGACCCAGCUACAGGGAAAUUUUGUAGCAAAAACUGAUAAUUAUUGCAAGAGCAGGGCUCAACUCUCCCAACCUGCCCAGCACUCCAUCCUCAACCACAAAAGCUACAUGUGGAACAAAAUGAAGGGGACUGUGCCCAUGGGAGUACCCUUACAGGAGGUCACAGAAAAGAAUGAAAAAUAUACCACCAUCAAGAAGGGCACUGGUUUAGGGGGAAACACCUGCCUUGUCCUUCCAUCAGCAACCUUGAGAAGGGGCUGAAAUUUAGGAAUACCACACUAAGGACAGAAAAGCAGCUUUUUUGUAAAGGCUGCUAACAAUCAUACCUGCCUUGAUUCAAAAAAUGAAAAGGAAGCCACAGUCAAAUUGUACAGAACUUCCAGUCAAACCCAGAAGGAAACCAUAUCUGUAUUUCCUUGAGGCAAGCGAUCUCACCACACCUGGAGUUCCAGCCUCAAACCUUCCCCAGGUUGUGUUUCCCUCCUCAACCAUCUGUGAUUCCAAGGAGGAGUACUAUUCCAAGGCUGCCAUGAUCCUGGAACAUUUGCAUCACCAGGACCCAGGAGGGACAAGUGUAGAAAAUGCCUCAAAUGCCAGGCUAGAGAGUCCUCUGUGGAAGCACUCAGCUGCAGAGGUGCAGGAGAACCAAAGAGGCCCUGAACCUGAUGCAAGUCAUGGGCCCUCAAAAGUCUGAGCAGAUCCAUUUCAGACAUAUCUGAGUAUUCAGCAACUUGAUUUUUGCCUUCAGGCAAAAACCCAGCAGAGCACGACUGUGGAAGGAAGUGAAACAGGCAGUCUCCAAAUAAAUACCAAUACGAAAAUUGACAAGCAUCCAUCAAGGAAGAUUUCAGUAUGAGGACUCAGCUCAUCCCUGCUGUCCUGUAAUAGUGCUUGGUCAGGAUGAAACUGUUCCACCCUCAGCAGCCAAACCAAGCAACAUAGUGGAGGUGAAAGAAGAGCCAUCUGCAUGGACAGUGAGUCUGGGAUCCAGUGAGAGUCACAAUGGCCAAGCUAUCGAUAUCAGUGCCAGGGACAUUGGAUCUUUACAACCUAACAAACAUCCUGGUCAUCCGCAAACACCUACCCUACAGCCCUCAGAGGACUCGGUCCAAAAACACAAUCACACAGUAAGAUAGACCUGAAAUCAAAGGAGCAGGCACAGCAUUGGCCUGUGAGACACGAUCCAGAUGUCCCUAGUACAGUACACCCUGCCAAGGUCAGCCUGCCUUCAAAACCCUGGAUGCAUAGCUUCCAGAAUACAUGCCAAAACCCCAUAAAUACCCUGGGUUUAGAUGAUGUCUCCAUGAGGAGACAUGAGAGGGUAGAAACUGGAGAGAUAUGUGUCCCAGAGGGAAAACAUGAAGUGAAAGAUUUCAAGGGGUCCCAUCCCCAUGAAGGGAAGCAGAUUACUAUAGGAUCUAGAGCCAUAAGCCAGGGAGAAAGGCUUCGAAGAGUAAGUCCUUCCAUCCCAAGCUCCACACAGAUCAGGGCUACAACCAAGACUUGGAUACCAGGGGAAAGGAAGGUUACGUCGAAGAGCUCUUGGAAUAAAUUCACAAGGAAUGCUUCAAAAUAUGGAGGCUCCAGCACAAAAUACUUAGGUCAACGUGAUUCCGUAGAGAAUGUUCUCCCCACAACAGGUACUGAGCAAGUACAGGAGGUGGUAACAAGAAACAAGGUCCUCUACAAUACAGUAGCUGAAAUAUAAUCAAUUGUGAAUGCUCUGGCCCAGAUCCUAGAAAACACUGAAGAGUACCGAUCAUCCCACUCUUCUAUGGGUCUGCAUGAAACAAUCCAUAGCAGAACAGUGAACAGAUUGAGCUGUGGCCAUGUCAGCCCUGAGAUCAAUAAUUAUCCCUUUACAUAUACGGGGAUUGAAGACCAACUACAGUCAGGGAUCGAAGCCCAGAGAGCGUGUGAUCAAGAACUGAACCAAGGUGAGACAGAUAUCGGUUUAGACCAGCUCCCCGUCCCCAAGGGAAGUGACUUUCCUUCUUAGUACAGGGGAAUUGGAGACAAGCAGUCGUCAGGUCUUCCUGACCAGAGAUUCUGUGACCCAAAUAAAAUCACAACAAAUGUUGGAAUGGUCUGCUGACCACAUAGCAGCUUCAUGGGGCACAAAAUUCCUUCGGAUACAGAGCAAUCAGAAGCAAACACCAGCCAGAAAUUGUCCAUAAACCCCUUUUCCCACAUCAAACUACGAAGAAAGGAACGGGCUGUGGCCGUUCCCUGAGUUCAUAGAGAAUUUUCCAAUAAAGCACGGGGGAAAUGACUGCUUAAAGACUUCAGUUGCUGUCCACCAAGCCUCUCACACCAGGUAGACCUCACCAGGAUGGGCAAGGAGGAGGAGGCUCUGGCCAUCAUUUUUCAAGAUGUCCCAUCUGCCCAUCCAUUGUGUCCCCCAUGCUUCCUGGUAAUAAACUUGGUUUUGUCCCUGCAAAGAAA